AUGCCAGUAACGCUCAAAGUCGCGGCGCAUCCGCCUGAGAAAUGGGAAGAUCCCAAGGUUUCCACAGCUGAAGGUCUCUUGAAGGAAUCAUGCCCGCAAGAGUAUGAAAGUAGUCAAGGUGUACUAAAGAGCUCGUUUGACAGCAGUCUUUUCAACACUUCCCAUGUCUCCGCCUCGCGGAAUGGUUUUGUCUGGGCAGUAUUCCAAGCCUAUAGCCAUCAUCACAACCUGACAAUCCGACCGGAAGACGUAUGGUUCUCUAUCAUAACACAGCUGAGUUUCUAUAUCAACGCACAUGCGGAGGAUCUACGGUCCUUCUUCGUUUCCCACGAGGGCAAGGAACAGCUAGAAGACACCGGUGGAGAUGGUGGUCACGAUUUCGGUAACAUAGCGCUGCGAAUGACCAAACUCAUUGAAGAGAAGGUCGUGGAUAAGGAAUUCCGAAGCUGGAUCAUGCCUGACUUCAGCACCACUACCGAGUCUGACAGGGUGGUCGCGGCUGUUCUGAUGAUGGGGGCCAUGCAGAAGUAUUUCUCGUACUACGUGGCGAUGACAUGUGGCAUCCCGUCUGUCACCUUACUGGGGGGGCGAAAGGAUUGGGCAGACCUCGUGAAGAAACUCGACAAGCUAUACCAGCUAGGCGACGAGCCAGCACGAUUUGCUCAGCUUCUCCGCCCGGUGCUCAAUCAUUUUGUCUUGUCCUUUGACAGCCCCGAUUCAACCAAGGCGCUUGCUUUCUGGGGCCGAUGUGCACAUCGUUCAGAAGGAAGUGGCAUCGACUAUCUCACUGGAUGGAUUUCCGCCUUUUGUUUUUGGAGUGAAAAAGGAGACCGUCUCUACUUCGGCGACACGAUCGAACCGACCUGUUCGCCUCAGUUCACGGCGCGCAACACAGAGUUGGGACUCGAUGAUGUCUUGGCACGCGAAGUCGACAUAGAUAAAAUCCCAGCUGGAUUCGCCUCCGUGCCUCUUACUAUCGACGAUGAUGGGAGAAUCACGAAGGUGGUGAUGUUGGCUGGACUGUUUGGUAUCCAAGCCACGUCGAAGGCCCCGAUCACCCCGGAAGAGGGACCCAAUACAAUUCAGCCGUUUUCGGGGUGGCUGGCGUAUGUGAAGAAAGAUGUGGAGGAUGGCGAAUAA